UGUUUCGCGCAAUGCAUCAAGCAGCAACUCUAGUGAAAGAUGUGCUGUCGAUAUAAGCUUCGACCUACUAGAAUGGCCCAAAAGGAAUGGCCUCUAACCCAUAACAAUACCUUGCCGCGUCUUUCUGCACCAGAUUCACUUUUAUAGACAAAAUACAUAGACAUGGGUGCAGGAGUUUCGGCUCAGGCGGGUGUGUUCGGCGUCGCCAAUGGGACCCCCGACCCAGAGGAAGGCUGGCGUUCAGAGACUGCACGGGAGCUUGAUCGAUUAGGGGGGAGCCAACGGCCUGCUGUGAAAAGGGGUCAGAGCACGAAGUACAAGCUUGAAUGGUUAAAGGAUGCCGUGCACGAGCAAGGUGAUAGGAUGGAAGAAGCGCUAGCAAAAGACCCGCUAGCCGGCAGGCACGAGAUAGCCCGUCAAGAAGCUAUCAAGCUUGCAAAGUCGAAUCGCGGAGGCGGCGGAGGUGGCGGAGGAGGUCAUCACCGCUUCUCCGUUAAGGAAUGGCAGACUGUACGACACACCGAACUCCGAGCGCAGCAAGUGCGAGAGGAGAUGGAGCGACGGCUGCUCGAAAAGCAGGAGAAGCAGGGUCUGCCCGAGUGGUCCCCGCCAGGCCUCCUGUGGGCCCAUGAGGGGCUGCUGACAGGGGCGUCCGGAACCACCACCACCACCACCGCCUCCGCUUCACCAGCAGCAGCAGCAGCAGCCGGAGUUGCAGUUCCAAUGGGUUCACGGGAGGUGCCGCCGCGGCGGCCGGUAACGCAGCAGGGCUUGAUCUCGCCACCCACACCGCCGCAUCCCUACCAGCGGGUGGGGUCGCUGGAUGGGGUGUCGCCGCGGGCGCAUGCGGGCGGCACGGCGCGCUUCAAGGGCGUGGUGGAUGCGGCGGCGGUGGCGGCGGCGAGCGGGCCUGGCAGCGCACGAGGCGAGCUGCAUGAAAGCCACCUGUUACGUCAGCUGCAGCAGCAGCAGCAGCUGCAGCCGCAACAACGUAAUGGGAAAUAUGCUCCGGCCGACUGGCGUCUGCGAGUGGCUCGCGCCAAGCGCAAAGCCAUGAUGAUCAUCUCCGUGGUGCUCGCCUUCCGCGGCAGGAAGCACCGCGCCCGCGGCUUGCAGCGGUUGGAUUCUCUGUCGUACUUUAUCGCGCAGCACCUGGGUCCGGAGCUGCCUCGGUUUGUGGACGAGCAGGUGCUGUACCGGGCGACGAUGACGAAUGCGAAUGGCUUGCAGGCCAUCUCGGAGGAUACCCCGCAUCACCAGGCCCACGCCGCCACCGGCGGCGACGUCGGCCCGCUGCCGUACUCCGGCGGCGACCCAGCUGUGUCAGCGCAGCCGCCGUCGCCUCCGGAUGAUCGUACGUCAUACUCUGGCCUGCCACGCUACCCCAGUCCCGCCGGCAGCUUCUCAGCCACCGGAGACGGCAGCGCCGCCGCCGUCGGCAGCGCGGGGUACAAAGCCAUGCCGCCGCCGCCGCUGCGGAUGCCAAGCAACCGUGUCGGCGGCGGCGCCCCGACGUGUACGACAAGCGCUCCGCCGGUCACACCUGGUUCGCCGCUGCUGCGGUCCAGACCCAUCAACCUGACGCCCACAUUGCACCAUAUCACACAGGCCGGCGCUGGCGGCGGCGGCGGGGCCCCCGCCUCCGUCGGCAACUCCGCCGCCGGCUCCCCUUGCGCCACUCCGCACCUGCACGGCGGCGGCCCACCUAGCGCUUCCGCCGCCGCCGCCGCCGCUGCUUCCUCUCCGACUCGAUCCGUACACAGCAAUUCAGUCCCUAGUCCAGGGCAUCAUGGCGGCAGCGGCGGCGCCGCCACCUCCACCGCCGCCACUGGCACUGGCAGUACCUCCAUCAGCGGCGCGGCGCCUUCCAGCGGACCUCCGAGCGCUUCGUUGCCCGUACUCCGUCCGGCGAGCAGCAAUCGCAUGUCAACGCCGUCGGGCCUGGGUCUGCCGCCGACGCCGGGCUAUCUGGAAGCCGAGCGGCCGCACGGCAAGAUGGGCCGCUUUUCGGCGCCUGGCGGCGAAGCGUCCUCCUCCUCCGUGGCAUCGGGUGUGGCGUCCGCACGCGUUACCGACGACGGAAGCCUCGCCAGCAUACACGACACAGUAUCGACGGCAGCGGCGGCGGCCGCCGCUGCCGCUGACAGGUCUCAAUGGUCGACGUCGCCGCGAAUCGCACGGCGGCGUGACAAAGCCGGCGGCGCUAGCGCGGGCUCCGCGACGACCGCGACGUGCAUCGCCGCUGCCAAUCGCCGUGCCGCGUUGCAGGCGGAGGAAGCCAUGGUGGCUCGUGCGCAGUCGUGGGCGGGGCCGUCGUCGGCGGCUCAGGGGCACUCUGUCGUACAUUGCCGUAGCUUGGGUCCCGACAGCAGUCCCGCGUCGCCGCUGACCGCCGGUUCCAGCGGUAUGAACACGCCGUACGGAAGUACCGCCGUCGCUGCUGCCGGCGGCGGUGGCGGUGGCGGCGCUGUCUUGCCCGCGCCGCCGGCGGCGCCGCUGCCACUGGCCGGGAACCGCAACCCUAGGAGUCAGGGGCUAAUGCUGCUGGCGGCGAGCAUGGGUCCGGCUGUAAUGACGGCGGCGGCGACGGAAGGCGGGUACGGCACAUUCGGCGGUGACUCGCCGUCGCGCUUCGGAGUCCCGUCGGCGGGUCCCCUGGCGCCGCGCGGCUUCAGUACGGGAUCCGCUCCGUACUACCCGUUGCCGCCGCCGCUGGCCCACUCGCCGGUGCCGCCGCCGUCGUCGGGUCCGCCAGUGGCGCGCAGCGGCAGCUCCACUGGGUUCAUACACAGCCCGCCCGCUGUCGCGACCGCCGCCGCAUUCGUACGGCGACGACCCGCGGGUCGCGCCGCCGCGAGCAGCACUCCUGGCGACGGCAGCGCUGCCUCCGCAACUCGUGGCGUGAGUCCGGGUCCGGAGCGUGAGAGGAACAGGGAACGGGAGCGCGCCCCUUCGCAGAGCGGCGGAGGGGCGCGGCGGCCUGUGGCGGACGGCUGUAAUGAACAAGCGGCGGGGAAGGGUCAGGAAGAGGUUUUAUCUCAUGAGAAAGCGCUGCGGCUCAUGCAAAUGUACGCCAACCGAGCCAACGCACGCUGGGUCGAGGAAAUGGCCAUACGCCCCAGCGCCGCCGGCGCCUCCGCCGCUUCCACUGCCGCAGCAGCACCAGCUGCCGCGUCCUCUGGUGGCGGCGCCGCCGCCGCAGCGGGUACGCCAGCAGCAGCAGCAGCGCCCGCUGCCUCCAGUGGCGGCGGCGGGACGAAUGUGGGGUGGGAGCCGCCGCAUGUGUACGACACGUCGCGAUUCGCCGCCACACUUGGCGGCGCGCAGUCGGCGGCCUUCCGAGCGGAGGUGACGGCGGCGUUACGAGCCGGCAGAAUCGCCGUACAGUUGCUAGCGGGAGACGACCAGAUCAUUCUCUCCAACGGCCAACCGCAACCGCUAUGGAGUGCCGACCCAUGGGACCUCAUCGCACUCGCCUUCCCGGUCAAGGCCUCCUCGCUUGACCGAGUGCGUCACGUGCCGCUGGGUCCCCGUCUGCUGAUGGCCCUAGUGAUGGCUGUUGAGGCGCUGGCGGGGGCAGAGGGCGUGGCUCGGUUGCAGGUUGUGCUGCACAUGCACGAGGGGCAGCAGGGCGAGCUGCUGGCGGACCUGAGGGCCCGGGGGUUCUGCGGGUUGCGCCCCGAGAACCUGAUCCUGCUGGUUCAGCAGCGCCGCCGCGGAUACGCCUGGGACCCCUGCCAGCAGGUCUUCACGCGCGAUGACGCCUCGCAGCUCGCAUCCGCCGGCAGCGGAUACGCCAUCAUGCAGCUGGUGUGGCCGGAGGAGGCGUACCGAGUGCCCGAGGGAGCGACGGCAGCGACGCCAACCGCCGCGGAAGCGGCUGCCGCCGCCGCCGCCGAAGGCGGCGGUGGUGGCGGUGGCAGCGGCGGCGGCGGCGGCUCCGCCCCCGUUUCCCCCCAGACCCAGCUAGGUCUGGUUCCCCUAGGCGCCUCCGUCCUGGAGCACCUGUCGCGGCAGGGGGUGGAUUGGCUGCUCACGCGGCGCCUGCGCGACAUGGCGCUCUACAUGCCCGACCAAACCCUGGAUGCCGACGUGCUGGCGUACGGCAUGUACCUGUACGACAACAUCGGGGCCAACAUGGUCGUACAGGCGGAGAUGGUGGAGGGGGUGCAGGCGGCGCGGGCGGCGCAGAGUGGGGUGCUGUUGGCGCCGCCCAGGUGGCGUCGCGGAGGAGGUAACAGUGUUGGUGGUACGGGAGUUACGGCAGGUGCGGUACGACGUGGGCGUGGCGGCAACGCACAGCGGUCAGCUGGAGGAGCAGCAGGGACGGGAGGAGGUGGUGGAGGGGUUGAGGGGGCGGCAGGGGCGCCUGGGACGCGGACUUCGGAGGCCGGUGCAGGGGCGGCACCACCAGCACCACAAGCAGCAGUAGCAGGAGGAGGAGGAGGAGGAGGGGGCGGAGGAGCAGGCGGCGAGGGGCGGUUGCACCCUCACAUGGUGAUCGAUGUCAAGAUGAGCGACAUAGCGACCCCCCGUGUGACCCAAAUCCUGAACGAGACCCGCUCCCGGGCUCAGGGCAAGCUGGUGGUGAGCACGCGGAGGUACAUGUGGAGGCUGGACGUGUUAAAAGCCCUGGUCCAGCGUCCCAGCAUCUUCCGCCCCGCCCUGGAGGUAGCUGGCGACCUGGCCUACCUCACCUUUGACAUGGCCGACCUCACCGCUGCCACCGAGGCGGGCGCCCGCUGCGUGGCGCUGUCCACCCGGCCCGGCCUGCCCGCCCGCUGCCUGCUGUCUGCACUUGACUUGGAGGAGCUGAUGGGGGUGAUUGCGGCGCAGGACGGCAGCAGCCACUUCCGCCGCCUGGCUAGUAAUAAUACAGGGGUUGCGGGUGCGGGCGGUGGUGGUGGUGGUGGUGGUGGAGACAUGGGUGAGGCUGGAGGUGCUGCUGGUGCUGCGAGCGCGGCAGCUGACGGCGGUGGCGGUGCUACAGCUACAUGCAACCCCGCUCUCACCGCUAUUAGCCACAGUUCCCUAGGCACCGGCAACCAGCAGCAACAACAGCAACAGCAAAACCUAGCAGGCAACUGUCUUCUCCAGCCGCACCAGCAACCCGGUCCUGGUCAGCUCAUCGUGGCACUGCUCUCCGACAACGAAGCCACCAAGCUGGCCGUACAGUUGUUGUGUGGGUUGGUGAAGGCGGGUCGCGACCGUGUCGUGUUGGUGACGGUGGUGGGGAGCACUCUGGGGGAGGUGGGGGGGCGGGCGCUGCUGAGGCGGUAUGAGACGCUGGUCGGGCAGACCAUGGUGGAGGUGACGACUGAGCUGCUGAUGCGGGACCCCAGCAGCGCCCUGGCCGAGCAGCUGGAGGCCUACUGCGACUCCCUGGGGGCCCACCUGGUGGUGAUGGGCAGCCAGGCCCUCGCAACCGCCUCCACCUCCCCCGUCACCUCCUCUGCCUCACUGCUGGGAGCAGCACUGGGGGCAGGCGGCGGUUCGUCUUCCGCAGCCGGCGGCGGUUCGUCUUCCUCGCCUUCCUCGGGUCCCGGCUCUGCGUCUUCCUCUAUGAACUCCCGGGGGGGUGCAGGUGGAGGGAGUGGCAACCUGGGAGGCGGUGGAGGAGGAGGAGGGGGCGGUGGGGUGUUGGGGUUGGGUCAGAGUGGCAGCUUCGGUCACGGCGGUGCUGGAGGCGGUGCGGGAGGGCUGGGGUUGGCGGGUGGUGGUGCGAUUGUGGCGAGUGUGGCGCUAGCCAUGCUACGGACCACCACUCGACCGCUGUUGAUAGUCAAGGCCAACGCCAAGCUGGCGCGCAGCUCCUCCGGCCCCAGCUGGGACAAGGAGCGGCUGCGGCUGCUGGCCGAGGUGAACCACGCCUCCCGCCCGCUGCUGCGCUACUGCUGCGCCAAGCUGGCGGCGCCGCUGAGGGGGGACAGAGUGUUCCUGGCCAGGACGGGCGGGCGGGAGGCGAGCCAGAACGAUGGCGUAACCAGUCGGCGGCUGCUAGAGAACUUUGCGGACAUCGCCGCCGGCUUCCACGUUCCCGUUGUGAAGCGACAGCUGGAGGAGCCCUUCGAGAGCGGCGCGCUCAAGUACGCCGCGCACGACAAGGUGCACAUCAUUGCCAUGCAGGCUCCCCCUGGGCGGGGUGUGACGCCCGCCAUCCUCAACGUCAUCAGGGCCGCACGAAGCGCCGUACUCAUCUACCGAACCAACGAACACUUCCAUUAAGCGAUAAUGACGAGGGGUAAUAAAGGUGUGCACGUAAACGCAGCCAUGGUUGCUUCUGACACUGCUUUCCUGACGCUGCUGCUGCUGUUAGAGUGGAUGCCUUUGGGGCGGGUAUAUAUGGUUAUUAGAUAAGAUGUGUUGCAAUUCCGUUACAUGUUUUGCCGUUGACCCUUGACCGUUGACCGACAGUUUGACAACCGUUGGGGUCCGUUGAGUUGACGUUGUCCUCACAAACAUCUCCCGCCGUUGCACGCAAGAAUUUUUUACUCUGCUGUGUACUGCUGCGUUGAGGCCAGAGCUGUGAAUAAAGGCGGAAAUGCUGCGCUGCGCCGUGUUGGGGUGGGUUGAGCAGGAGGUAUGAGAGCGUGAUUGGCACGCAGCAAAUGAUGGCAGAGGUUCAGGCUACAGGGUCUUAAUUCAAUGACAUAGGUUCCAGCCGUGCGUCAAGCAGCCCAAGGGUCUUGCUCAACGUAUAUCGGCAUUAGGUGCGACGACAUAUGCGCGACUUAACUUAUAACCCUACGAUAGUUGGAGUCGAGUCUCCUCGUCUCAUGUGACAUCUUGAACCGCAUGCGAGAGUGUGUUGCUUGUUGACUGCUGGUGCGUGAUCGACUCAGCGACAUGCUAGGAGCCGGGGGAGUGUAGCAGGUAGGGCACACCCGCGCCGCCAGCAGCCCAGUCUCGGCUGGGCCCGCUGCUUGUUACGUUUCUAGCGCUGGCACUGCUGCUACUGCUGUGCGUGGUUGUGCAAAUGGUGCUCCUAGUACUGCUGCUGCAAAUGAUAAGUUUUGUAUGUACAUAGCUGUGUGGCAACUUUAAUCUAUAGGGUACGGAUAGGACGGAUAAGGACGUAUUAGUAAGGCGGACGCAACUGUUGGUCCGUUGAUUGCUCUUGGCUGAGCCGAUGUGGCCACGACUCCUGGCGGUGAGCAGCCGUUGAGGACGUGCGAGUUGAUUACCGGUUCGUGCUGAUACGUUAAUAGACUGGUUGCUUAAAUGACGGACUGCAGCUGCUGAUCGAUUGCAGCUAGAUAAUCAUGCCAGGCCUUUUUAUUCCGCUGGGUUGUGAUGUCAGUCAAUUUUAGGAGAGGUUGUGAGGCAUUGCUAAGAAGCUUUACUUGCGUGUUCAGCUUUUGGGCUUUUUGGUUUUGCAGGGGUUUGGUUUUGCCAAGAUGGAAGCGGGAUGCUGCUGACAGGUGACGCGAUUUGAAUUCAAAUUUGAAUUUAGCCUCCUGUUGAAGGAAUGCUGGCAGCCGACGUGUGAGCUUUCAAACUUGCUUGAAGAAGCAGGCCAAAUGCCGUCGAGACAUAUGAUAUAUAGACGGAGUGCUACGAAUAAUUUGUGAGAGGUUGGUCGGGCGCUGAAAGAGGAAUUCCAAUGUGUGGUGCGUGGCAAGUCAGCCAAAAUAGCCACAUCGUCAUAUGAAGGCGCCGUUGGACAUCACCGAUACCUUUUCUGCAGCAACAUGCAGAGCUGCUGUCUCAUGCUGCACCCUCCACUUGCGUAAGACCUUAUGGUGCGUUUGUGUGAUACUGCUGCUUGGACGGGUAAAAUGCUGCAAUAGGCUGCUGUGCUGUUACCUGUUCUGGCUCCUAGGAAGACCUUGCUUGGACCGCCUUCACCCUCGCAUGCAUUUUGCUACCUAUGCUCUUACUUGUCCCUUAUGCCUUGGACAUCAGCAUACGAGCUAGCGUGUACAGUGCAACAUGUAUGGGAGUAACGCGUAGUAUGAGCGGUGGUCAGGACUCAUCUGUGGCUGUUCCCGACUGUAGGCUGAAGGUUGGGCACCGGUGUGCGCCUGGGAUGGCAGGGCCCCUCUGCCGCGGUUGCCAUGGUUGCAUGCCGCCGGUUAAUGAUUCGUACGGUAUAAGGCCCAUCGAGGCCCCGGGGUUCAAUGAACGUGGGUACUUGGGAUUUUCCUCACGAUGCUUUGACUGCGUCAGACGCAUUGAUCGACAGACCGCGGUUCCUACUUGACCACGCGUUGACCAUUUCUGACCUAGACUUGGGACGUUGGGAGUCCAUUGCAGCACGUCUUACUAUGUAACCCAAUGCAACUUUCA